AUGUGGUACGAUUCGUGCGCCAAUCUUCCGUCGAGGGACACAUUCGAGUUCGUCCGUCUUUUCGACAUCGAACGUUUUCGCAAUUGGAAUAAGGAGCGUUUGGGCGGUGAUUUGGUCGAAAAGAGGAAUGCGUGUACCGCUUAUCUCAUCGAUAUGGUAAUUUGAUUCAUCGUUUUCCCAAAAACAUUCAGACAAAAUUGCCAGCAAAAAGUGUGUAUCUUUGAAUGAAUAUUGUAGAGUCCUGAGUUAUCCUAGGAGCCUAAAAGUUUGUUUGCACAUAGUCCAGGUCUAGUACCUUAUUUUUGCAAUUGACAACUUUUUGAUAGGACCACUGCCUAGAGUACUGUAGCCCCGGAAAGAGUUUUUAGCGCAUCCCAACUUCACGGGGCUACAGUAUCCCACGUGUUGGUCGUACAAAGAAGUGGUCAACUACAAAAAUAUAGUUCGUAUUUUGUACUGCACUUUUGUAGUUGGCCACUUUUUUGUACGAGCAAUACCCGGGGUACUGUAGCUCCGGGAAGUUGGGAUCAGCUAAGCGCCUUGGAAUUACACAGUACCCCAGGUGUUGGUCGUACAAAAAAGGUGUCAACUACAAAAACAAACGUCUAGAUGUGAAGAAUUUAUGGAAAACAAUUACAUAGACAAAACGGCCACGCGUUAUUCAAUUUGAUUGUCUUGAUUUCAGUUCGGCUGUCGUCCUGGAUAUCCACCAGUCGGAGAGUGAGUUUUCUGAAAUAUUCCAUUUAAUAGUAAUUUCCAAUUUUAAGAUACGAGGAGACCGGAAUGUGCGAUUUGAAAGUGGAGAAUAUUCGAGUCCAAAAUGGGUAAGCUACAUUUAUUUUGUUUCCCAAAAUUCAUAUUCCCGUAGGAAUCGUCUGGAUCUCAACUUUGUCGGAAUUCACAACGUUCCGACCACAUUGUUAGCGAAAGAAAUCGACGAGGACUUCGGAAAAGUGUUUGAAAAAUUGAUCGAAAUCGCCGUGGAGCACGGGCGGUAUCAGGGAACGGAUCCCGAUAAACAGACAGUUUUCAAUCAGGUAAGAACAUUUGUAUUGAGAAAAAAGGUGCAAUUCUUCUUCUACUAAGAAAAAGUAUUGAUUUUUAUGAAACAUGUUAUGUUCUUCUAUAACUUCUAAAUAUGGCUGACUAUUGAGAAAAGCAUUUCUUGCAAAAGAAUUCUCGCAGAGAAAAGUUCCAUUUUUUGGUCGAAAUUGAUGCAAAUUGAAAAAGUUGAAUCGCUUUUUCAGUGGAACGUGUUCUACGAUUACCUCUUCUCGUUCAAUCGAUCGCUGACUCCUCGCACGUUCCGAUUGUUUCACGCGAGUCGAAUUGUGGAGCAAAGUCUGCAAAAAUCCGAGGAUCGCGUGGUUCGGGGGGACAAUGUCUUGGGCCGGCGGAUUCUGAACGAGGCAGUCGAAAAGGCGGCCGGUUUUCUGAAUCACCGGACGAUCGAGUACACGAGAAUCAUGUACGUCGACCCGAGAAUCAUCGCUGUUUGGCUCAAAAAGCACGGACUGCCAAUGGAUGUGAGUUUUUUUUUAUUGGCCACGAUUCGAAACUAUUAUACAAGUUUUGGAAACAAUCAUACACGGUCUCCAGAGCUGACAAUGGGCACGCAAGUGCGCCCCGCCCAAUAGAGCGAUACAUUGGCGCGAAAUUCAAAUUUUAACAGCAAAUUUUGUGUUUUUUUGCCAGAUUAGCCACGAAAAACCGAUAAUUUCUGAUUUGUCUCUCGAUAGACCGAUUGUAUAGGCCAUUACGAAUUUUUUAAGGGCAAGAGCGUUAAAUUUGGUCAAGUCGCAAAUCACAUUUAUCCGUUUGAAGGUUUUUGGCUAAAACUGAGUGAAUUUCAGUUGCUUUUCGGUAAUUUUCGCGGUUCGAGCGCUCAAAAUGCUUGUAUUUACGUGAUUUAUCAUUCUCAAAACCAAUUCUGUCGGAAAACGGUCAAGAAAGCGCAAAAUGAGAAGUGCGGUUUUUAGGCGGCGAUCGGCGGCGAAGGCGAAAAAGCAAAGACCGCGAAAAAUGGGCCAAAACCUCAUUAAUUCUGAGAAUUAGUGUGUUUUCAUGCCGAACAAUCAUUUUUCACCGCCGUUAAUCACAAAAAUCAGAGAAAACCUGCUCAAUUCAUGAAAAUGCCAUUUGGCCGCCGAGGCCACGCCCAUAUUGUCAGCUCUGGAGACCGUGAUCAUCGAUUUUCCGGAUUAUUUAAUUAGAAAACUGUUUUUUUUGCGUUGAAAUUAGCGAGAAUAAGUCGCUCUGGGAACUCGAUCGCAAUCUAAUUAGAAAACUUCGCAAUCUAAUACGAACUCGUUUGAAAUAGAAUUUGCUUCAAUUAGAUUGCAAAAUCUUCUAAUUAGAUUGCAAUCACUGCAAUUUUUCUAAUUAGAUUGCAAUGUUUUCUAAUUAGAUUGCAAUUUUUUCUUAUUAGAUUGCAAUUCAGAAAAAAUAUAUUGUAAUCUAAUACGAUUUUACUGGAACUUCAAUUAAAUCUGAUUAGAUUGCGAAAUAGAGCUUUUUCUUAUUAGAUUGCAAACUCUUCUAAUUAGAUUGCAAUCGAGUUUCCAGAGCGGAAAACGUAUUCUGUUUUAAUUACGAAAACGCACGAGCUUGGAGCACAUUUGACUCAAAAAUCAUGUCUUGAAAUGUUGUGUUUUUGCAGAUGCUCGAGAAACCGUUCAAAUGGGCGGUCGACGAAAUCGAAGCGGCUCAGAAGCCUUUCAAAUUCGAGAAAAUCGAAGAACAGUAA